GUCGCCACCAGUAGAAGGCAGCACGACGAUCUGCCUGAGAUGUAAACAGGGUUUCUGUCCGAAGAAGAAGAAGAAGAAGAAGAAGAAGUAGCUGUGGACAUGUCAGAAAACUGACAGUAAUGCUAACUGCUAACUUGGUCGCAGUAGUUCGUGAGUUAUCAAAAAAGUGUCUGGGAGCUUAAAGGAGUGAUUGUACAACACGAACCCUCGCCAGGCUCGUGUGGAGGGUUUGUAAAGCGGUAAAACCUCACGGAUCCCCGGACCUUUGAUAACUGACAUCAGCUGGUUAGCUAGCGUUAGCUCCUGAAAAGUAACGUCGGAGCUUGUUUCAUACAGUCAUGUCUGCGGCCGGAGACUUCGGAAACCCUUUAAGAAAAUUUAAAUUGGUCUUUCUCGGGGAGCAGAGUGUGGGAAAGACGUCGCUGAUCACCAGGUUCAUGUAUGACAGCUUUGACAACACUUACCAAGCCACAAUAGGAAUCGAUUUUCUGUCGAAAACCAUGUACCUUGAAGACAGAACAAUCAGGUUGCAGCUGUGGGACACGGCAGGGCAGGAGCGAUUUCGUAGCCUCAUACCAAGUUACAUCAGAGACUCUGCUGCUGCUGUCGUAGUUUACGACAUCACAAAUGUCAACUCCUUCCAGCAAACCACAAAAUGGAUUGAUGAUGUGAGAACGGAGAGAGGAAGUGAUGUCAUUAUCAUGUUGGUGGGAAACAAGACAGACCUUGCAGACAAAAGACAGAUAACCACAGAGGAGGGAGAACAGAGAGCGAAAGACAUGAAUGUUCUGUUUAUUGAGACAAGUGCAAAGACAGGCUACAAUGUCAAACAGCUUUUCCGUCGUGUGGCAGCCGCCCUCCCUGGCAUGGACACUACGCAGGACAAGAGUAGAGAGGACAUGAUUGACAUUAAACUGGAGAAGCCACCAGAGCAACCUGUCAGUGAAGGAGGCUGUGCCUGCUAAUGCUGGCCUGUGUCACUAAAUAAUUUCUCUUACUGGCUUUUUCUCAACCCCAGUCGUUUUUCUGUAUCCGUACCCUUCACUACACCCGCCUCUUUCAGCAGCCUGAAAGAGAACACUACAUCCGUUAUCUUCGCCAUUGUGGAAACCUGCUCUCUCAUCGGGUUGCUCUGAAAGUCAUAAAUCAUUUAAAUUGAAUAUUUGUACUGUAAAACACGUACAUUGAAACAGUAUUCAGAGCUGGAAGCUUAGCUCAUCUUUACUGAGCUCCUCCUCCAUAGUUUGCAUCUAAAGAUGACUUUUUGAACCAAACUGAAAGAAAGAAAUGUGUGUGUAAGACAUCAAGUCAAAGUAUGUGUUAAAGAGUGAGAAUAUUCUUUAUAAAGUUAUAUAUUGCUUUAAGCCUAACAAGCGCAAUGUGGAUGUUUUUGUGCAUUUGUCAGUUAACAAAAUGUGUGCAGUUGAAAUUGAUUGGCAAGGAUUCAUUAAUGAAUUAUGUUAACAAACUUUUUUUUUUUUUUUUUUAACGGUCUGGAAUGAUAUGUGGGAAAGGCUGCAAAGUUGUGUUGAAGUAAACUAAUAAAUUUGGGAGAUGUCAGUGUUGACACUCGUACUGUAAACCCACAAUUGAGCAGAAGUUGGAAGUGGCAGCCAUGUCAGAUCCAUACCAGCAAACUACACCGUUCUCCCAACAUAUACCAGCAUGAUGUCCGCCACAUGGUCUCAGAACCAGCACAAACACAUGACACCUACUACAAGGGCAACACUACACCACCCACAUACCGUCCUUCCUCUCUUCCCACACUUGUCCCUUGAGAUGGGUUAUUUUUACUUUGGCUUCCGUUUUCUAUUACCUUUUUAUUUGGAUAGAUCUUUUUUUUCUUUUCUUUUUCUCAAGAGUACAACAUAGAUUAAAACUAUUUCUUUAAUGAUAGUGUUUGAGGAGGAUUUUCUCAUAUAUUAAGAUUCAGAAUCAUAAAAACCAACCAUAAACAUUAGAGAUGGAGAUACAGUAUAUGCCUUUUGGAGUUAUAUUGUAGAGGGCUUCCUUGGCUUUGGGUCUAUCUAGUUAAGUUUGGUAUGACGUUUUAUGAACACACGUUUUCUUUUGCUUGUUUUUAUUUUUUGGCAUUGAUCUUUUGUUAGUGAUUAUUCUACAUGUGUAUUUAAUCCACAAUGACUUGUAAUAUUUAUUUCUAUUGGAUUCAUAUUUCUUUUUUUAUGGCUGUUAAUAUCUUAACUUUUUGGUAUGAUUCCUGAAUCACUAAAUAAAAUAUGCAUUCAUCUAGACCAUCUUUAACAGAAUCGGUGGGGAGCGUGUGCUGUUCCCUCUGCCACCUCUAAAUGAUAAUUUGAUCAUACUGAUUAUACCGUGCAAUUUUUUUUGUUUUGUGUGAAAUUAUGAAAGAGAGUCUGAUUUGUAUGGCAUAGUAGUCCUUAACGUUUCUGUCUGGAAUGGUUUUAAAUGAGAAAAUAAAAUAGAAUACACUUGUCACUGC